UAACCCGGGAAUUUAUUCUUCAUUGUCAAACGUCAUUGUUGUUUUCAUGCGUUUGUGCUCCUGUUAAUAAAAUAUUUUUGUUUAUGGUUUAUAGUUAUGAUAAAACAUAGCUAUUAUCGGUCGGAUGUGAUGUUUUAAUACGUGUCACGUUGCAUUAAUAGUGUUUAAUUGAGUUGUUGUUGUUGUCUCUGGUGCAAUCGGCAGCCGUUGAUCAGUUUUAUAUCAGUUAUUGAUCAUCGGAACACAUGAGUGUGUCUCUGGUUGUGAUCAGACUCGAGCUUGCUGAUCAAUGUGAUUUCCCGCAGGGUUUUCAAUACUGCGCUGAGAUGUCAGACGAGGAGAUGAGGGAGAAAGCGUUGGCCUCCGCCAGAGUCACUCUGAGCGGUAAAACGGAUCUGGAGCGAGCAACUGUUCUCCAUCAGCACCUGGGCAGCCGAGUCAUGAGCGACAUGGUCAUCGAGACCUUUGAACCCAAUGCAGAAGGAACCGAGGAAGUUAAUGGAGUAGUGAAAUCCGCAAAUGACAGUAACGGAGAUGCCAAAGAUCAAACCGAUGCGGGGACAACCCCAGACUCACCAUCCAAACAGCUACCAGAUCAGAUCUCCUUCUUUAGUGGGAACCCGUCCGUGGAGAUUGUUCACGGCAUCAUGCACCUUUACAAAACAAAUAAGAUGACGUCACUAACAGAAGACGUGAGGCGCAGCGCGAUGCUUUGUGUUCUCACGGUACCAACCACCAUGACAAGCCAUGACCUCAUGAAGUUUGUGGCUCCCUACAAUGAUGUCAUGGAGCACAUGAAGAUUAUCAGAGACUCCAUGCCCAACCAGUACAUGGUGCUGAUCAAGUUCAGGGGUCAGGCCGAUGCUGACAGCUUUUACACAAUGUGCAAUGGCCGUCAGUUUAACUCGAUUGAAGAUGCCGUCUGCCAGUUAGUUUAUGUGGAGAGGGCAGAAGUCAUCAAAUCUGAAGAGGGGGCCAGUUUACCAGUUAUGGACCUCAUUGAGCUGCCCAAGUGCACGGUGUGUUUGGAGCGCAUGGACGAAUCGGUAAACGGAGUGCUGACUACCCUGUGCAACCACAGCUUUCAUAGCCAAUGCCUCCAGAGAUGGGAAGAUGCAACGUGUCCGGUCUGUAGAUACUGUCAGACGCCGGAACCCGUGGAGGAAAACAAGUGUUUUGAGUGCGGCGUGCAAGAGAAUCUGUGGAUCUGUCUCAUCUGCGGUCACAUUGGUUGCGGGCGCUACGUAAGCCGGCACGCGUACAAGCACUUUGAAGAAACGCAGCACACCUAUGCCAUGCAGCUGACCAAUCACAGGGUCUGGGACUACGCUGGAGAUAACUAUGUUCAUCGGCUUGUUGCCUGUAAAACUGACGGUAAGAUGGUGCAGUACGAGUGUGAGGGCGACACGUGUCAAGAUGAGAAGAUUGAUGCUCUUCAGCUAGAGUACUCAUAUUUAUUGACCAGUCAACUGGAUUCUCAGCGCAUUUACUGGGAGAACAAAAUACUUCAUUUAGAGAAAGACACAGCAGAAGAGAUCAACAAUAUGAAGGCCAAAUUCAAGGAGACGAUUGAAAAGUGUGACAGUUUGGAACGGAAACUAAACGAGCUCGCCAAAGAAAAGCAAUCCAUCGAAAAGAAAUGCUCACAGCUAAACAACAAAGUGGUGAAGCUCAGUCAAGAGUUGAGGGAGGAGCAAGAGAUGAACCGAUGCCUGCGAGCCAAUCAGACGCAGUUUCAGACUCAGCUGCUGGAGGAAGAGAGGCGGGCCCAUGAGGCCACAGUCAGUAAAGAAGGACAGAUUGCCGAGCUGCAGGAGCAGCUACGAGACGUCAUGUUCUACCUGGAGACGCAGCAGCAGAUCGAUCGGAUGCCUGCAGAUACCCGGCAGGAAAUCCAGGAGGGCCAAAUCAACAUCGCCGCGGCCCCUGCCGCGCCACAGCCCGGGCCCUCGGCACACGGCACCGGGAGACUGGGCGGCAGGAGAGGACGAUUCAAGCGAGGAAAAUAGUGAAUGCGAAGAGGAUGGUGGAAUUUAUUAAUUGCACUUUUUUGCUGCUCAUCUUCACAAAGCUCAGAAAAGGUUCUGUUUAGUAUAUUUAGUUUAUCCGACAGGAAAUGCUGCCCAGGCUUCAUUGGAAAUGAGGAUGAGUAUUCACGGUCCCUCAUUAAGGCUCUAAUAUAUUGUAAAUUGUUCACUAAUAUCUCACGUGAGGGCACCAAUACUGCUUUACCUGUGGUGCAUGAAAACAAAGUGCUGUUAUUGUCGCAGAAUUUGAUUUUCACAUUUAGUGUCCUCAAGAGUGGAAUAACUAAAGCUGAGUUCCCUGGAAUUAUGGAUAAACCUUGUUGACAAUUCUGGAAGUUCAUGUAUGGUUGAUUUACUUUGUUAGUAGCAAUUUUCUUGUAUUUUCAGGAAUAGUUCUGUCCUGCAGCUGUAAUGGAUAAAUCUUACAAAAACAUGUUCAGCGUGCAUUUCACCCCAUAAAAUGGUGAAUUAUUUUUUGCAUAAAGAAAAUGAAGCCUAUUUUUUAUUUUUUUUUAAUUGUUCCCAAAUUAUCCUUACAUUCAUCCAAACAGACACGUUACAUUUUAGUUUUUUUGCAAUUCAUAUUAUUAAUGAUAAUACUCAGUAUAUUCAAUACAAGUUAAGAUUAAUCUAUAGCAUUUGUGGCAUGAUGUUGAUUACCACCAAAAAAUGUAUUUCGACUCGUCCCUCUGUUCCUUUAAAAAAGGCUAAAAGUUUCAGUGAGACAUUUACAAUGGAAGUCAAUGGAGACAAUCUUUGGAGUGUUUAAAGGCAGAAAUGUGGAGCUUAUCAUUUUAUAAAAGCACUUACAUUAAUUCUUCUGUUAAAACUUGUGUAUUAUUUAAGUUGUAAAGUUGUUUAAAUCGUUGUUUUAACGGUCGUUUUAGGGUUAUGGCAUUACAUCGUCAUGGCAACGAAGUUGUAAAAUUAUUUAUGACUACCCAGAAAAGGUUAGCAAGUGUUUUUAUCACACUAAAAUCAUGUGAACAUAUUGUUAACGUCUUGUAGCUAUACUUUUUAAACCGUAUUUGACUUUAUAACAGAGUAUUUUAACGUUUACAGAUUGGCCCCAUUGACUUCCAUUGUAAGCAGGGGUGGAUUAUGACUAGCAAGGGUCCCUGGGCCAAUUUUAUUUGAUUUUAAAUGUAUUUUUAUUGAUGUAAGUCUCUUUUAAUACCUGUUCUGUUAUGCACAGUCAGAUUAAUUCAAACAUAGAGCAUGGAUGUGAUAGAGAAACCGCAAACAUCCGCCGAACAGCCACUGUUCUUAAAGGGACAGUACCAUUUUAACUUUUGUUAUAAUGUAAACGCUACUACAAAUUAUGCAUGCAAAAUGCAUAUAUCUACAUGGGCCAUAAUACAUUUGGAAACAUCUUAACCACUUAAAAGGAAUAGUUCACCCAAAAAUGAAAAUUCUCUCAUUUACUCACCCUCAUGCCGUCUGAGAUGUGUCUGACUUGCGUUCUUCAGCACAACACAAACGAAGAUUUUUAGAAGAAUAUCUCAGCUGUGUAGGUCCAUGCAAUGUAGGCGAAUGGUGACCAGAGCUUUGAAGCUCCAAAAAUCACAUAAAGGACACAUAAAAUGUAUCCAUAAGAAUCCAGUGGUUAAAUUAAUAUCUUCAGAAGCCAUCUAAGAAGUGAUAUAAUAGGUGUGGGUGAGAAACGGCUAUCUCUUCUAAGGGCCGUUACAUAGUCAACGUGAGCAAGUAACGCGAGUGACGCGAGCGACGCACUCCCUUUCAUAGUCUAAACAGUGGACGCAAGCAGACGCACGCGUCACGGGCGAUGCGUGAAAUGCAAUACACCGCUCCCGCAACAGGGGGUAGUAGAGUCUGGUGAUAUUAGUAGAGUCGGGUCACGUAAUAUUCACUUUUUGUGCGCCCUAGUAAACUUGUCACGGGCACUUUUCCAGUACAUUUUCACCUUAUCUACGGACUUUCCCAUCGCGGUUGCAACCUCCCUCCAGGCAUUUUCCAACGCUAUUUUAUUGGAGUGUAAUUGCGACGAACUGUCAUAUAAAUGCGGAUGUAUGCGUAUAAGCUC